AUGUCAUUGGGCGAGGCAGAUCGUCGGCGGUCGACAUGGAGAAACCUUAUUCCAGAGCACAGACUAUACCUGCUCCUGCUCUACCUGACCUCGGCGGCGGGGAACCUCUGCAGCAACCAGACCCUGGGCACGGAGCCGCACCCCACCGACUGCAGCGCGUACAUCGUCUGCUGGAUGUCCAUGCCCUUCCUCAACAGCUGCCCGGAGGACAAGCUGUACGACGUGAAGACUAAAAGUUGCCAACCAACGCAUCUGUCAAUAUGCUGCAACGUUACGUUCCCAUCUGCAACCACCAAGACACUGUCAUCUUUAUCCCCCGUUCCAACUAAAGCCCCAGAUACUUCCAUUACCAUUCCAGUUACAACUACCAAGCUUUCAUCUGUCCCUACAACUUUCCCAACUUCAAAACCUGUAUCUACUUCGACACCGCCUAAUAUAGUAACAGAAGCAGAAAAAACUAAAACUCCUAUAACAGAACCUCUACCAAUUAACAAAGAAACAGUUCCUAUAAUAACUGACCUACCUACCACAACUACAUUAUCUACUUUAUCAACCUUACCAACUAUACCUAUAACUCAAGAAAUCACAAAUAUUAAUUUAAUAACAUCAACAUCUGCUUUAGCCCAGCCAUCGACGUAUAUAGUUCCUACUGAACAAACAACGGAAUCCACGUAUCAUCCAACUUCUACGGAAUUGUACACGAAACCGAGUCUUUCAACCACAACGGAUUUUACAUCAAUAACUUCAACUUUUUCACCAAUGACAACAGACAAAUCUUCUACUGAAUCAUCUACUUAUAAAAUACAACCAGACUCAACACGUUCAACAUUACCAUCAACAUCAACAGAAACUAUAUCAAAACAUACUAUUACAACACCAAGUAAACUGCCAAUUUCAACAGUAACAGAUUUACUAACAACAGAAAUAACUUCCACGUCUGUUGAUUUGGAUACAAAAACUACAGGAUUACCUACCACCUUGUCAACUCUAUCCUCCUUGCCAACUAUACCUAUAACCCAAGAAAUUACAAAUAUCGAUAUAACUACAUCAACAUUUGCCUCAGCUCAAACAUCGACCUAUACAGCUCCUACUAAACAAAGAACGGAAUCAACUACGUAUCAUCCAACUUCUACAGAAUUAUAUACGAAACGGAAUCUUUCAACGACAACUGAAUUUUCACCAACAACUUCAACUUUUUCACCAAUGACAACAUACAAAUCUUCUACUGAAUCAUCUACUAAUAAAAUACAACCAGACUCGACAAGUUCAACAUUACCAUCAACAUCAACGGUACCUAUAACAAAACAUACAAUGACAAAACCGAGUAAACUGCCAAUUUCGACAGUAACAGAUUUACUAACAACAGAAAGAUAUUCAAACACUGUUACUGUAGACUCAAAAACUACAUCCAUGACAACUAUACCUCCAACUCGGAAUAUUACAAAUAUUGAUUUAAGUACAUCAACAUCUGCCUCGGUUCAAGUAUCAACUUAUACAGUUCCGACUAUACAAACAGCGGAAUCAACAACAUACCAUCCGACUUCUACGGAAUUAUAUACGAAACCGAGUCUCUCAACGACAACCGAUAUUUUACCAACAAUUUCAACAUUUUCACCAGAAACAACAUACAAGAAUUCUACUGAAUCAUCUACAUAUAAAAUACAAACGGACUCAACAGGGUCAAUAUUACCAUCUACAUCAAUAGAAAGUUUUACAAAACAUACUACUAUAAUACCAAGUAAACAACCAAUUUCAACAGUAACAGAUUCAUUAAUAACUGAAAUACCUUCAACUUUUACUGUUACUUUGGAUACAAAAUCAACAGGAUCGCCUAUCACAAUAUCUACAGCUCGAGAAGUUACAAACAUUGAUGCCAUUACAUCAACAUCUGCCUCAACACAAACCUCAACGUAUACAGUUCCUACUAAACCAACAACGGAAUCAACAACGUAUCACCUAACUUCCACAGAAUUAUAUACGCAACCGAAUCUUUCAACGACAGUUGAGUUUUUGCCAACAACUUCAACUUUUUCACCAGUCACACCAGACAAGACUUCUACUGAAUCAUCUACUUAUAAAAUACAACCAGACUCAACAGGUUCAACAUUACAAUAUACAUCAACAGAAACUAUAACAAAACAUACUACUAUCAUACCUAGUAAACUGCCGAUUUCAACAGUAACAGAUUCACUAAUAACAGAAAUAUCUUCAACUCCUAUUACUUUGGACACAAAACCAACACGCUCGCCUACUACAUUAAUGACUCUAUCGUCCUUGCCAACUUUACCUUUAACUCGAGAAAUUACAGAUAUUGAUAUAAUUACAUCAACAUCUGCUUCACUUCAACCGUCAACUUUUAUAGUUCCCACUAGACAAACAACAGAUUCAACGGCGUAUCAACCUACUUCUACGGAAUUAAAUACAAAACCAAGGUUUUCAACGACAACUGAUGUUUCACCAAUAACUUCAACAUUUUCACCAAUGACAACAUAUAAGACUUCUACUGAAUCUUCUACUUAUAAGACACCACCAGUCUCAACAAGUUCAACAUCUACAUCAACUCCAGUAUACAUCCCAACAAUACCAACAGUAACUAUUGUAAAACCAACUAUUACAACAACAACUGAACUCCCAGUUACAAAAAUAACAAAUUCAAUAAUAACAGAAAUAACUACUACUCCUGUUACUUUGGAUACAAAAACAACAUCCAUGACAACUAUACCUUCAACUCGGAAAAUUACAAAUGUUGAUUUAUCUACAUCAGCAUCUGCCUCAACACAACCAUCAACUAAUGUAGUUCCUACUAAACAAACAACGGAAUCAACAACAUAUCAACCGACUUCUACGGAAUUAUAUACAAAACCAAAUCAUUCAACUACAACUGAUAUUUCACCAAUAACUUCAUCAUUUUCACUAAUGACAACAGACAAUAUGUUUACAGAAUCGUCUACUUAUAAAACACCACCAGACUCAAUAAGUUCAACAUUACCAUCUACAUCGACAGAAGCAAUAACUGAAACAUCAACUAAAUUGCCAACUUCAAUAGUAACAGAUUUACUAAUGACAGAAAUACCUUCAACUCCUGUUACUUUGGAUACAAAAACUACGUCCUUGGCAACUAUACCUUCAACUCGGGAAAUAACAAAUAUUGAUUUAACUACAUCAACAUCUACCUCAGCUCAUACAUCAACGUAUAUAGUUCCUCCUAAACAAACAACGGAAUCGACAACGUAUCAACCAAUUUCUAAGGAAUUAUAUACAAAACCGAGUUUUUCUACGACAACUGAUUUUUCACCAACAUCUUCAACUUUAUCACCAAUGACAACAAAAAAGAUUUCUACCGAAUCAUCUACCUAUAAAACAACAUCAGACACAACAAGUUCAACAUUACCUGCAUCAACCUCAUACAUUCCAACAAUAUCAACAGGAACUAUUUCAAUUUCGACAUUACCACCCAUUAUAACAACUUUUUAUCCAAAUACCGAACAAGCAAAUACAUCACUAACAACAAUAUUACCAACAGAGUCAUCAACACAAGCAAUGUCGACGUUAUCAGUCUCAUCUUCAACAAUAACACCGCCUAUAACAUCUCCAAUCCCAAAACCUAUUUUCACCUUACCAUCAGUUUCACCUUCCACUACUAAAAUACCUCCUUGUUUCACACGACCCACCCCUUCCACUUUGAAGCCAUCUAUACUUAUCCCUAUGUGCAGACUAGGUGAUUCAUUCCUCUACCCUGAUGUCAGGAACUGCAGUUUCUACUAUGCAUGUGACUACGGCAGCUUAGUCAAGAAUAAAUGCAAAUAUGGAUACCAAUUUAACCCACGAGCUUUGAAAUGCAUGCCUAGGAUAGAAGCAAAUUGCCGCAUACUAACUUUUCCGGACAUCCAAAAUGAAUAUCUAACGGAAUUUCUGCAAUUGUAUCAUCUGCAACCAAAUUUGUGAUAUUGCACGACAUAACAGCUACAACAAAAUAUUGCGAGCCCAAGAAGUCAUAUUUAUCAUCAUCAUCAUCAUCAUCAUCAUCAUCAUCAUCAUCAUCAUCAUCAGAUGGACUUCCACUGCUGGAUCUAGUCGUUGCCAUCUCAACGUUCCUUUGCACUCGCUGAGCUAUAUCGAUAAAUUUAGUUUUGCGGAUCUCCUCAAUGUGAUUCGAUCAAUUAGAAAUACUCCGAGCAUAGUUCACUCCACCGCCCGCUGAGUUUUGUUAUUUUGAAAUAACAUAACUAAAAAGUUGUAUGUAACUAGGUAUGUCUUGAUCUAUAUAAAAGGCCUCAAAGGCGAAAACUGGAUAUUUACAAAGACCUUGUAGAUUUUGCAUGAAUAAACCUUGUUAAAUACAAAUAAA